CGAUGUUGUAAUUUAAUCGAAGUAAUGUAGAAGAAUGUAAAGGCGAAUAUGUGUUUGCGUGUUCCUCAAAACUUUUGCUGAUGACCCUACUGACUUUUUGUGAAUUAAUGUUUGCUGCGAAAUCUACAAAGUCUAAAGCAAUACUCCAAAGUUUUCACAAUGCCUAAAGUUGUUUCGCGUAGUAUUGUGUGCUCUGAUUCUAAAGAUCAAGAAGAAUAUAAUGAAGAAAAACCGUUAAACAUAUACUACUGCCUUUGUGGGAAACUGACAUUAAUCCUCGAUUGUACCAUUGAUAUCCUACCACUGCGGCCUGCGGAUGGAGCGCGUGUUAUUGAUGGUAAAAAGCAUGCGCAUAAACUAGCUUUUCAAGAAGGACAUUCUCUAUAUAUUAAACGGGAAAAAGGAUACGAAGAGCAAUUUCGCUUAAAUUGUAAGCAUUGCAGUCUGCCUUUAUACUAUCGCCACGAUCCAGCAUCUGAUGUUACAUUUAUUAUUCGGGGCUCGUUAGUUCGCAAAAAGAUGGAAAAUUUUCUUGAGUCAGAAGAAGUAAUGACAGCCGAUUCAUCUAUUGAGGGUGUUGGAUUUGGUACUAGCGAAAAAAUUAUGGUAACCCGACAUACAAAGCACAUGGGGAAAUUCAGUUCAGUUACUGUGUCAACCAUUGACGAAGAAGAGGAUGAAAUCGAAGCUCGUGAAAUUGCAGAUAGUUACGCUAAUAAUGCAAAAAUUAUAGAGAAACAACUGCAACGAAAAGGUGGAAAGUUGACGGAUUCGACUUCACAUAAUAAAAAAGAAGAAGCACCCAUUGCAAAGAAAGCAAGAGGAACAUUGCUUGAUAUAUAAUUUUUUUUAAACAAAUAUCCACUUUGCAUGAAAAUAAUAAUUCCAGUCAGAUAUUUCUUAAGGAAUAUAUAAACACGUAAUAUAUAAAAAAGGUAUAGAUGAAUUUUUCCAAAUGAAUGACAGAAACAUAAAAUGUUGAACAUUAAGUUUAAAAUCCUACAAUCAGCAAUUAAUUGCAACUUGAAAAUCACCUUUUCGAGAUUUGGUGGCAGCAAAUAAUGCGUCGAUAAUAGUAGUUGUUGACGCCGCCCCCGCCCAAUUUCUUU